CCAAAGUAAUCAACCUUACUUUUUAUUUUACAAUUAUUUUUGUGAUUUUAUUUAUUUAUUUUUUUUUUGUUUUCUCGGCAAUAAUAAUCAUUAUUAUUUAUUUUAAGUUUUGUAAAUUAUUUUCAGUUGUUUAUUUCAGAUAUUGUUUCAUUUAUGCUUCUUUUUCUUUUUUCUUUCUUUCUUUUUUUCAUGUUUUAAAGGUUGAAGAGAGAAACAGUGGUUGUGAAGCUGCUUUUUUUGCCAUAGACAACGAAACAUAAACUAGCUACUAAGGUGUAAAAAUGGCAGGAAACCACAAAUCUAAUCAUAUUGUUAGAUUGAACGAAGAUGCCAAUCACAAUUUAGAUGAAUUAUUUAGAGCGGCCAUAGGUCCCAAGGAUGGUCGUGUGCCCUUAAGUAAACCAAUGCGCCAACGUGACUUACCAGCAUCUUUUUUUACACCACCUGAGAAAGGAUCUAAAUCGGCUUCACAUAGCCGUGAGUCAAGUUUGGAUGCAACAAGUUUGGACUCUACACCAACUCUGUGUAACCCUACCCCUCGUCCCGGAAUCACGAUCAAUCACUUUCGUGCUCACUCUUCUCCGGCAACACUUCAAGCAACUUUUGCAGUUGCCCCACAGCCUCGCGGUUAUGAUUUCGACAAACUACCCGAAGGGUGGCAAAUGGCCUUUGAAGCCAAGACAGGCAAACCAUAUUACAUAAAUCAUAUUUCUAGAACAACUACUUGGGAAGAUCCUCGGCUAACUGCCUUCAGACUUAGAAAUGAAGCUUUACAGCUGGAAAUGCAGCUUCAACAGCAACAACAGCAGCAACAGCAACAACAACAGCAGCAACAGCAGCAGCAGCAACAACAACAACAGCAACAACAACAGCAGCAGCAACAACAACAACAACAAACACAGCAACAGCAACAACCACAGCCACAGCCACAACAACAACAACCACCCCCACCACUACCACAACCACAACCAUCAUCUCAGCAACAGACCCAACUUCAACCUCAACCUCAACCCCAGCCGCAACCUCAGCAGCCGCAGCAACAACCACAGCAACCACAACCGCAACCACAACCUCAACCACAACCACAGCCACAACAAAUACCACAACAGCUACCACAAACUUUACCGCAGUUACAGGUGCAGCUUCAACAACAACAGUCUCAACCACAACCACAACAACAACAACAAUCGCAACCCCAAACACAACCAUUACCAUUGCCAAUACCACAAUUACAGGCGCAGCUCCAACAACAAAUUCAACAAGAACUAGCUCUCCGUCGUGUUAAGGAAUUAACAGAUGAAAGAGAGAAAUUGAGGCAGCGGGCUGCUGAAAUUCAGAAUCAACAGAAAAACUUCACGACAAAUAUUGAUCCCUUCCUGAGUGGAAGCGAUGCAAUUAUUUUAGACCAUUCUCGACAAGAAAGUGCUGACUCAGGUCUAGGUCUAAGCCAUAAUCUUGAUCUUCCUUAUACUCCUAAUGAUUUACAAAACGCCGACGACCUCGGGUUAGACAGUUUGUCUAUAACUAAUAUGGAUCUUGAAACUGAUGCGAUGGAUUUAAUGUGUUUACCCGAGGAGCUAAAUACGGACAUCGUUCUAUCCGAUCUAGAAGCUUUCCUUACGAAUGCCAAUAUAACUACUUCUAAGGAUGUUUGGAUAUAAUAAGAAAAAAAAUGCUGAUAAUAAAGUGCCUUGAAUAACAAAUCAAAUCUAAAAGCUCUCGAAAAAUUGUAAUACGUCCUUAAAUUUGAAUUUCAAUUCAAUACACUUCUUAAUUAACAGUUUUCAAAGUCUUUUAUUUGUUCAAUAAAUAAGGUCAAUAGACACUGA